GUGGGAAAACCCGGGACCCCGGGGAGAGGGAGAGGGGGCAAAGCAGCCGGAUUGCAGGGGGGAGGCGGCAUCCAUUUAGCACCCGGCUUAGCCCAGGAGCUGCGGAACAUUUGGAUUCCUCCAGGGACCGUGGUGCCUCGUGGGUAGCAGGGCUGCUCUGCUGAUUCACUUCCACCGCUGCCAGCAUGGUGAUCAAAGUCUUUGUGGCCACAUCUUCGGGCUCUACAGCGAUAAAAAAGAAACAGCAAGAAGUCGUGGGCUUUUUGGAGGCCAACAAGAUUGACUUCCAGCAAAUGGACAUAGCAGGAGAUGAGGACAACAGGAAAUGGAUGAGAGAGAAUGUCCCAGGUGAAAAAAAGCCUCAGAAUGGAAUUCCCCUCCCUCCACAGAUCUUCAACGAGGAGCGGUACUGUGGGGAUUUUGAAUCCUUUUUCUCUGCCAAGGAAGAAAAUAUUAUUUAUUCGUUCCUGGGCCUUGCUCCUCCUCCAGGCACAAAGGAGACUGAAAAGUCUGAUGCCACAGAGGAGAAGUCUGAUGCCACAGAGGAGAAGUCUGAUGCCACAGAGGAGAAAUCAGAAGCCACAGAAGAUAAAUCUGAUUCCAAGGAUGAAAAAUCUGAUGCAACAAAUGAAGCUGAGGCACACACAGAAGACAAGGCAGAUGAAGGGGCUCCUGAAGAGGCUCAGUCUGGCCAGACACCACCAGAAGGUCAACAGGAAGUCGAGGAAGAACAUGCAGCAACAGGGGAAGAAGAAGAAAAGCAGGGAGAGGGAGAAGAAAAGGAAGAGGUGGAGGAGCAGGAAGAGUCUUAGUACAGUUCUCUACGACACAAUAUUUCUUGAACAGGUUUUCAGGAAGCACCAGCUGGAGCCACCCCACCAAAGAAAAGAAAAUCCCUUUCUCAAACAAAGCACCACAGCCUUUAGUGCCUGUAUGAACAUAAAAACACCAACAGAACACAGCCACCACUCUGUCCCACCUGUAACCUUUAUAUAUAUAUUUGGUAUUCCAGUUGCUUGUUACAAUGGAUCUCGUGUCUGACAGAUGGUGUUUCAGUCAAUUGUUAUGUGUUGGGAUAGUUUUGUCCAUGUCACAUUUAGAUUGUGAGCUCUGCAGGGCAGGAACCACGUCUCUCUCCAUGUCCAAACACUGCCAGGCACGUUGCUGCCACUCAGCAGCACUCACACCCCUGAUGUCUUCAGAGGAAAAGAAAUUCAGCACUGAAAACUGCAAAGAGGCUUCCUGUACACAAGCCAUGUGAGUCACUUCUCCCUCAGCUGGCAUUUGAAAAUGAUUGAGAUUCCCAUUGUGCAGUAGUUUAAAUAAAUGUGUUUUCUGUCA